AUGACUCGUACUUCUGUUUUAGCUGAUGCUUUAAAUGCCAUUAACAACGCUGAAAAAACUGGUAAGCGUCAAGUUUUAAUCAGACCAUCUUCAAAGGUUAUCAUCAAAUUCUUACAAGUCAUCCAAAAACAUGGUUACAUUGGUGAAUUCGAAUACGUCGAUGAUCACAGAUCAGGAAAGAUUGUUAUCCAACUAAAUGGUAGAUUGAACAAAUGUGGUGUUAUCUCUCCAAGAUUCAAUGUCAAGAUUGAUGAUAUUGAAAAAUGGACUGCUAACUUAUUGCCAGCUAGACAAUUUGGUUACGUUAUUCUUACUACUUCUGCCGGUAUUAUGGACCAUGAAGAAGCUAGAAGAAAGCAUGUCUCUGGUAAAAUUUUAGGUUUCGUCUAUUAG